CGAGAGGCCACAACAACCACCUUCGUAGAGUCGCCGUAUUUGCCGGCUGUCCGCCCACCUUCGCACUUCUUUAACGUGACUUGCACAUAUUUCAGCGCGAAUGGUGAGGCAAGGCGAGGCUGCGCAGGACGCUGGGCGCUCGAUUGCGGCCAGCACCUGCAGCCUGAUGCAUGCACUGCCUCACUAGGCUGUCUUCUCUGCCUUGUCGCAUCUAUGUCAUCUCACUCGAACUAACACAACUGCCGUUCGCGUCUCUUCUUCCACAGGCCAGCCUUUGAGCUGCAAUAGCCAUGCGGCUUCUUCAUGUUGACGCGCUCGACAGACUGUUCUUGACAGACUUUCGCGGCAAGCGGACGCCGCCCUACGCCAUCCUAUCGCACAGAUGGAGCGACUCCGAGAUCCUUAUCGAAGACUUAUCAAAUGGAGCCUAUAGAAAGAAACAAGAAGGCUAUCAAAAGCUCAGGUUCUGCGCUGAACAGGCGGCUAAGGACGGGCUGCAAUACUUUUGGAUUGACACAUGCUGCAUCGAUAGAUGGGACAACAACGAGCGGUCAAAGGCGAUCAACUCGAUGUUCGAGUGGUACAGAAAUGCGGCUCGAUGCUAUGUCUUCCUCUCGGACGUGUCGCUUGCAGCUGUGACGGAGACGGCAACAGGCUCGUGCAGCGAAUGGGAGACGUCUUUCUGCAAAAGCCCGUGGUUUACACGAGGAUGGACACUGCAAGAGCUGAUCGCGCCGAUGUCAGUCGAAUUCUUCUCGCACCAAGGACGGCGCAUAGGCGACAAAGCGUCACUCGAACAGCUCAUACACGGCAUUACCAGCAUCCCAUUUACGGCGCUGCGCAACGAGCCUCUAGACCAGUUCAGCACAUCUGAACGAAUGCGGUGGGCUGUAAAACGCACAACAACCGAAGAAGAAGACAUUGUGUACUGUCUGCUUGGACUGCUUGGCAUCUCUAUGCCUGUGACGUACGGGGAAGGAGAAAAGAGCGCACGAAAGAGACUGCAGGCUGAGAUCGAGGCAGCUGGCAGCGCACCGUCGAUCAUCCCAUUCUCACGCAAUGAGUCCUUUGUCGGUCGCGAGUCGCAGCUCGCCCAACUUGAAGCAAAGCUCUUUAGCAAUCAAGAGACCACGACCACGCUAGCGAUAGUGGGGGCAGGUGGAAUGGGCAAGUCGCAGCUCGCGCUUGAGGUUGCUCACAGAGUAAGGUUGCACAAGAAGGACCAUUCAGUCUUCUGGAUGGACGCGAGCGACGUUGACAGCCUCCACCGGUCAUAUGCAAGCGUUGCGCAGAAGCUCAACAUUCCUGGCUGUGACGAUGACCAGGCAGACAUAGCGGAGAUUGUAAGACAAUGUGUGGCAGUAGUAAGUGCGCUACAGUGUUUGCUGAUCUACGACAAUGUAGAAGGCACCUUUCUACGGCCUGGUGGCUCGUCUCCAGGAGAAGUCGCAGACUUGGCCGACUUUCUGCCACCCUCCAGACUGUGUUCAGUAAUUUUCACAACAAAAGAGAGCGACAGAGCCGUGGCGUUUGCUCCACAGAAUGUCAUAGCGCUGCAUGAGCUGACGCCAGACAUGGCACUUAGGAUGCUACACAAUCGCUUGACAAAGCCGCUUUCAAACGCUGAGCAGCAAGAUGCCAUGCAUCUGCUGAGCGAGCUAUUGUAUCUGCCUUUAGCUAUUGUACAAGCAGCAGCGUGCAUGAACGCUAGUUAUAUGACAGUGCAGCAGUACCGAACACAGCUAGCGGAGCACAAAGAAGCAGCUCUCAAGAUCAGUGAUAAUCUGCCUAAAGGCGAGCUGCGAGACCCUAGUCUGAGCGACACUGUAGCUGCUACGCUAUCUCUUUCUACGAGCCAAAUCCGCCGUAGCAACGCGGCGGCUGCAGACUAUCUCUUCGUAGCUGCGUGCGUCGAUCGAAAGGACAUCCCGCUCGACCUUCUUGCGGCAGCUUCGCAGGCCCGUGAAGAUGCUAUCAGGCUACUUGACAGGUAUGCACUCGUUACCAGAAGACCUGCUGAGUCAGCACUUGAUGUUCAUCAAUUAGUGCAUCAAGGCCUACGGAAGCAGCUGCAGAUGCAGCAACGGGUUCAGAAAUGGAUGGAAUGCACGAUUGCACAGCUACUCCAAAUAUUUCCUGACAACGACUACAGUAACAGAAGCAAGUGGAGACGACUUCUUCCCCAUGCACAGCAUGUUCUGUCACAAAGUUCAAUAGAUUACUACGACGAAGCAGAACUCGACCUCGCACUGAAAUGUGCUAUGGUUUUGCAAAGGGAUGGACGAUUUGACCAGGCUAGAGAGCUGGUGGCGCAAGUAAUGCAGAUAAGGAAGCAACUGCUUGGCAACGACCACCCUGAUACUCUGCGCAGCAUGCACUGGUUAGCGUUGAUGAACAGCAAUGUGGGACGGUGGCAAGAGGCAGAAGAGCUCGAAGUGCAAGUAAUGCAGACCUGGAAGAGGAUCCUUGGCGACGAGCACCCCGAUACGCUACUAAGCAUGGCUAAUCUAGCAACGUAUUACUACGAUCAAGGACGUUGGCAGGAGUCAGAAAAGCUAGGGCUGCAAGUAGUUCUAGCAAAGAAAAGACUACUUGGCGACAAGCACCCUGGCACGCUGACUAGCAUUCAUAACCUGGCGGUAGCAUACAGGUGUCAGGGACGAUGGCGAGAGGCAGAAGAGCUUGGGGUUGAAGUGACGCAGACUUUUCGUGAAGUCUGUGGCGACGAGCAUCCUGAUACAAUCACUAGCAUCGGCAACCUAGCGUUGACGUAUACCGAACAAAGACGAUGGCAAGAGGCUGAGGAGCUGCAGUUGAAGGUGACAAAAACAAGAGAGAGAGUGCUCGGCAGCGAGCAUCCUUCAUCUUUGGCCAGCAUGCACAACCUAGCAGUAACAUACUACAAUCAAGGACGGUGGCAGGAGACAGAAAAGCUAGGGUCGUGGGUUUUGCAGACGAGGACGAAAGUGCUGGGCCACAGGCACCCUGACACGCUGGCCAGCUUGCACAAUGUCGCUGUCGUGCUGCGGUCACAGGCUCGUUGCACAGAGGCGUUUACGCUAAUGGAACGGUGCUUUCAUCUGCGUCAACAUGUCCUUGGCACGCAACAUCCCGAUACAGAACUCUCGCUGAAAACAUUGAGCGGAUGGCGGAUAAUCGAUGAUGGUUAAGAGGCCCUCACGAUAUUGAUAGCGAGGCGUUUCUUGUUGAGCCUAUUCGUGACUGCCCAAGGUCCGCGUACACAAAAGGUU